CGGAGCUUCUCUCUCUCUCUCUCUGUUGCUCUUCAGUCUGACUCGAAGCUAACAGCUAACCGGAACAGUAAAGAUGCUAUUGGACCCAUAAACAGAGUAACGGCGGCUCUGCUGGGCUCAGUACCGGCUCUUUGAACUCUUAUCGGGUCAGCUGGCCUAUUGCUGGGUUCGGGUUCUGGUUGCUGUGACGGUGGACGGGCUGGAUGGCCAUGUAGCUCCGUUAGCAUGUUUCGGCUUCUGGGCCACUUUCUCCACCGUUAGGCUCAUUAGCAGCAGUCCGCCUGUUAUCGCUCCUCUAUGGGGGGGAAUAUCUAUUCGUGUUGCAGUUAGAUAGCCGUAUUUCAUCUCAACAUGUGUCGGUGUGUUGAACCAGCGGAGCAUGUUCUCGUUAUGAAUCCUUUAACCAGCUAGUAAGAACCGCAGCGCUGCUAGCUGAAGCUAACGGGCUCGGAUGUCUUUGUUUCCAGCGGCGCAGGUCAGCUGCGGCCGUUAGAGGAGGAUUUUAUGGAGAUUUUAACGCGUUGAGUCUGGGAUCUGGUGUUUUUUAAAAUUAUUAUUAAUGUGGUCGGCUGACAUGCAGCGCUCUCUUCUGUGACCUUGGUAUCAUCGCAUCAGAUCGAUCAGAAAUAAGCCCAACAGCUGGUUCCGACUCCAGGGUUACUAUGGCCCUCAGUUCAGACUGCAGGCAGAGGGUCGUUUACCUGCUGCUCCUGUCAGGAUGCAUUGCUUCUUCUCAGAAGAAUGACAACGUCUACGUGUCUGGAUUUUCUAACGCCUGCGGCGACGUGGCCGAGCUCCUGUGGGCGUCCAGCGGCAUCAUCACCAGCCCCGGCUGGCCCUUCCAGUACCCGGCCAGGCUCAACUGCAGCUGGAACAUCAGGGCCCGACCCGGGGACUCCAUCACCAUCAGUUUCCAAGACUUCGACCUGCAGGGUUCUCACCGCUGCACCUCAGACUGGAUGUCCAUCAGCAGCUACAGGAGCCUGGACGGCCUGCGGGUCUGCGGCUCCUCCCUGCCGCCCCCUUACAUCUCGUCCCAGGAUCACGUCUGGAUCCACUUCCACUCUGACGACGGCCUGGCGGGGAAAGGCUUCCGGCUGUCCUACAUCACCGGUAAACCGGAGGCGUCCAGCUGCGAUGUGGACCAGUUCCACUGCUCUAAUGGGAAGUGCAUCCCGGACUGGUGGCGCUGUAACUCCAUGGAUGAAUGCGGGGAUAACUCGGACGAAGAGCUGUGUGUGGACUCGCCGUUUUCCUUCCAGCCUUGCAACCUGAACCAGUUCCCCUGCUUGUCCCGGUACACCCGGAUCUACACCUGCCUGCCCCACAGCUUGCGCUGCGACGGCAGCAUCGACUGCCAGGAUCUCGGCGAUGAGAUCGACUGCGACGUUCCCACCUGUGGCGAGUGGCUGAGGAACUUCUACGGCUCCUUCAGCUCCCCAAACUACCCCGACUUUUACCCUCCAGGAAGUAACUGCACCUGGCUGAUUGACACUGGUGACCACCGGAAGGUCAUCCUCAGGUUCACCGACUUUAAGCUGGACGGGACCGGGUACGGCGAUUAUGUUAAAGUCUAUGACGGUCUGGAGGAGAACCCUCGCCGCCUCCUCCGGGUGCUGACGGCGUUCGACUCCAGAGCGCCCGUUGCCGUGGUUUCCUCCUCCGGUCAGCUCAGAGUUCACUUCUACGCUGACAAGAUCAACGCCGCCAGAGGCUUCAACGUCACCUACCAGGUGGACGGGUUCUGCCUGCCCUGGGAGGUUCCCUGCGGGGGGAACUGGGGCUGCUACACGGAGCAGCAGCGCUGCGACGGCUACUGGCACUGUCCGAACGGCCGGGACGAGCUGAACUGCUCGUCCUGCCAGGAGGACGAGUUCCCCUGCUCCAGGAACGGAGCCUGCUACCCGCGCUCCGACCGCUGCAACUACCAGAACCGCUGUCCCAACGGGUCGGAUGAAAAAAACUGCUUCUUCUGCCAACCUGGAAACUUCCACUGCAAGAACAACCGCUGCGUGUUCGAGUCGUGGGUGUGCGACGCUCAGGACGACUGCGGCGACGGCAGCGACGAGGAGAGCUGCCCCAUCAUCGUCCCCACCAGAGUCAUCACCGCCGCCGUCAUCGGCAGCCUGAUCUGCGGCCUGCUGCUGGUCAUCGCCCUCGGCUGCACCUGCAAGCUUUACUCGCUGCGCAUGUUUGAGCGCAGGUCGUUUGAGACGCAGCUGUCCAGGGUGGAGGCGGAGCUGCUGAGGAGGGAGGCUCCGCCCUCCUACGGCCAGCUGAUCGCUCAGGGCCUGAUCCCCCCGGUGGAGGAUUUCCCUGUCUGUUCUGGCAACCAGGCGUCGGUUCUGGAAAACCUCCGCCAGGCUGUGCGCUCUCAGCUCGGCUUCACCUCCAUCAGACUUCCCUCCGCUGGCCGCCAUCGUAACCUGUGGCGCAGACUCUUCACCUUCUCUCGAUCUCGCCGCUCUGGUUCUCUGGCUCUUGUUUCUGCUGACCUGGAGGACAGCUCCGGCACUGGGAGCACUGGGAGCUCCGGCUCGGACCUGCUGUCUCCCGACUCCGACGACACCGACACAGAGGGGGAGAGAGGGCGAGGGGUCGGCGCUGUGGGCGGGCCAGUCGCCCCGCUGCCUAACAAAACCCCACCUCCUUCCGCCGUGGAGGCCGUCGGGUCGGUGGCGGCGUCUGUGGCCUCAACGCCGAGCCGAGGCCGCGAUCGGCCCAGAGAAACCCCACCCCCGUCCAGCCCGGUUACCGUGGUAACGACCAGCUCUGAUCCUGACGUUUCUGAGCCCCAGCCUCCUUCGUCCACCGCCCUGCAGCGCCUGGCCCAGAACCUGCACCGCCUCGCCAGGAAUCUGACCAGAACUAACCAGAACCAGCAGAACCAACCGUGGACCAAUCAAAGCCCACUGCGCCAGCUGGAGACGGGAAGAAACGACCCUGAGGCUGCUGAGCGACGGGGAAGCAGAGAGGAAGAGGAAGACGUUGAGCUCCUCAUCCCUGUCUCUGACUCGGACUCUUCAUCUUCCUCCUCUUCAUCGCUUAGCGACAUACGACAGCCUCUGCUGGAGCCACACCCGUCCUGCGCCGCCGGCCCGGUCCACCAUCACCACCGUGGCGCGAGCGGCCGUGGGGGACGGGACGGCACCUGUGAACACUGCGGGAUGGUCCACACCGCUCAGAUCCCCGACGCCUGCCUCGAGGCCACGGGCAAGACGGAGAGCAGCGACGACGAGCUGCUGCUGCUCUGCUAGCAGGCUAGCCUGCCAGCUAACAUGCUAACUGUCCAGCGUUUCCUCAUUCAUUGGCUACCAUGCUCACUGAUUGGCUAACAAGACAACAUGCCAACUUCCAAGUAACAUUACUAACACAUCUCUUAAAUUUACUCUUCUGCUAGCUAACACGCUAACUUCAGGGCUGCCAUUCUUUUACUCUGAAGCUGCAUCAUGCUAACUCGCUAAACUUGCUAACCCAGAAUAACAAAUUAACUCUUCAUUUCUAACAAGCUAGCUAAUGCUAUGAAUGCCACCCAGACGUUUCACUUCAAAUAGCUAACUAUCUAGCUAACAAUGCUAACACAUCACACUGUGCUAAAGCUACUAAUUAAUUUCUUUUUCAGUUUGUUAGCAUGCUAGCUGGAUUAAAGGUUAAAGAUAAAUGUACCAAACAGACACUUGGGUGUGAUGUCACUGGUUCCUAUUGGUACGAACAAAAAAACAAAAAGUUUUUUGGUUCCUCUGCGGU